AUGGACACAGCACAAGAGAUACAACAACCAAUAACGAUGGAAACUAACACUAUGAAUGCGGCAGGCACUAGAGAUGAUCAGUCUCAACAACAUGACAGAAUGGUAGAGCAAUUCUCGUCGUCCUUGGCGUCGAUUGCUUCAUCGGCUCGUCAAGCGUUACACCAUCAACAAUCAUCAGCUUCUUCGGAUACAUCCAGCAGUAACAACAGCAAGGAGGCAAUGGUCGUGACGGCCACAGGCACAGAAGGGACGACAACUGGGACCAGCGCCAACAACAGCAACACUAGUGCAAACAACAGCAACAGUAGUAGCGGAAGUGGGAGUGGAGGGGAUGAUCGAGAUUCCGGCGGGGACGGACAAGAGGGCGACAACAGUAACGAUCAGAAGAAGAAGCCGGCAGCCAACAAACCACUCUCACUUGGUCUGCCACUUCCACCGCAUCAUGGAGCGGCUCACACACAUUCUCAUCAUCACAAUAGACGCAACAAGAGGGUAUCGACCGGGGGUGAUGACUAUGGCUUGCCUCCCCUCAGGGUAGACGAUGAUACACGAUGGCAAGCGAGCUCUCAUCCAGCGGCGGCUGCGGGAGGCGGAGGAGGAAGUCAUCACGCAACGGUCGUGGCGAGACUACCUCCUCCUGAUUCCUCUUUCUCGAGUUCCGGCAACGAAGGCUCUAACCGAGGUCCAGCCUAUCAUGCCAUCAAGCAGACGUUGCUCCAGAAGAGCAGCAGCAAGUCCAAGAGCAAGAAGAAGAAGAGCAAGACGGGUCUUACGGGUCCUUCCAAGAGCAGCAGCAGCAAGAAACCCGCAAACACCAUCAAGACGACCUCGUCCUCCUCUUCCAAGAAGAAGAAGUCAAAGCAACAGCAGCAACCGGAGGCCAUGUCCUCGGAUUCGUCCAGGGAAACGACAGUUGUGCACCACAAGCGCCACCACCAUGGCAUGAAGCGACCGGCAGCUUCGUCUCCUGGCUCUGGCAGCGGAAACAGCCCUCCAGGAAGCAAGGAGUCGUCCUCUCAAAAGAACAAGAAGACCAAGAAGCUCAAGACCACUACGAGUAGUGGCGGCCCGGAAGCCAGUGCCUCGGCGGCUGCUUCUGCGUCCAUGGCGCGGAAGAAGAGACCGCAUCAGAGCCAGGAAGAGGGUCAAGCGGUGGCGUCAUCCACCAUGCCCACCGCAACGGAAGCGGAAGAAGACGAGAACUAUGGAAGCAACUCCUCCUCGGGGAGUGGAACUGAAGCCGGAUACGCUGGGUCGGCAUCGUCCAACGAGAAUCUUGCUCGCAAGAGCGGGGAUCCUGGAUCCUCCUCCAACAGCAACUCGAGUUCGGAUAUGCCUGACUUUUCGUCGGGAGCCUCCGAGAGCAAUGCCGGAUAUGCCUUUGGCAGUUCCAACUCGCCGUCGCUAUCCUCGUCCAAUGGGGAAGAUGACGAAGACGACGACAGCAGUGAAGACGAUGGACGCCGAAAGGCUAAGUCUGCAGCCCCCUCGUCCUCCAAGUCACAGUGGCCACACCAUGUCCGCCAAUCGUCCUCGACGGUGCCAAUGGAUGAGCGCAAGAUGCCCGCCAAGACGUCGAUCAGUACCAUGACUGCUUUAGCGUCGAGUACCGCUCAGUCGCAGUUUGCCAAGGUCUCACGAUCAUCGGCCGGUACUACUGCGGAGACUUCGACGGCUGUGGCAAUCCGUGCCAAGGCCAGAAGCAGUCGACGAGCCAGCAGGGCGUUGUCACAAAAUAGUAACAAGCCGCCCAUUCUGACACUGGGAUCUGAUCUCAUGGCUCAUGUCUUGACCUUCUUGGAACCUCCAAACAUUCUGAGGGUCCUGACCAUGCCUCUGAGCAAGGAUUGGCUAUCUACCUUUGCCAAUCAGCAAGAGCUCUGGAGGGUCUUGUGUCUCUUGGAGCCUUUCAAAGCCCAAGUAGAAGAAAACGACUUUUCUACUUCCUCGUCGUCCUCCUCUUCAGCCUCGAGUGCUAUCAGCAGCGAAGACGAGGUCGGAGAAGACCCAGAUGAUGAUGGAUCUCUGUCAAGCUUCUCAGUGGUGGCACCUGCCAGCGCUAGCAGGAAAGCUUGGAAGGGUCCUGCAGCGCGAGCUGUUCGCCGGGAUACUCCACCCACCAAGGUGGACACAAGCACAGUUGCGGCUGUCGCAAAACCCCUGAGCAGCCAAAAGAAGAAACAGGUCAAGCUGGGAAAGCUCGGACGUUACCGAUUGCUCUACACUUCUUUCGUUCGUUGCAUGAAGUACCUGGAACGCAUGAAGGAAGAUGUCUUGCAUGGGCGACCGCCAUCCAUGAUUGAAUACGGUGGGUCCAGCCUACCCUCUACCGUCUCAAGGCAGGCGGCGAUUGGAUCCAAUCGUUCCUUGCAGCAGUUCUUGGCAGGAGCCCGUCGGGUUGUCGAACAGCAGCAGCAACCUCCAGAAGUUGCGCUGGCGGCAAACAACAACGCCAAUCGCGACGAGGGCAGCACUUUGUCGGAAGAAGAGCAGCCUCCUGCAGGAGCGCCUCUCGGCGUAGCAAGAAUGCCCAUUCUUAGCGCCGAUGAUGGCAGCAACUCGUAUCAGUCUUCGGUGGAGCGACCAAGAAAGCGAAAGAAGAGCCGAGAUCAAAAGCGACGCAAGAGGCCCAAGUUUGGACGGUCCAUGUUGACAGACCGCCUGUUGGCUCCGGCUCGAACUGGCGAAGUGAACCCCGAAAAUGUCGCGUUGCCAUGGAGUUGUGCUUUGUACAGCAUUGUCAACUGGAUGGUUGCUUUUGCCGAUGUGGAAGGCAUUCAGGUUAUGUGCCUCAAGGUGUUGCCUCAUCUGUUGGAAGACGAGCAGCAGCGCAUCACAGCUCAGCGGGUUGGUCUGACGGAUGUGAUCCUGCGGGGUAUGGUGCUCUUCCCGAACAGUGUUCAGCUCCAUACGGCAUCAUUUCACACGUUGGUGCUUCUUGCUCGACCCCUUGGUGGGCGUGAGGGAAUGCUCUUCCACUCGGCAAUGGUCAAUGCGGCUGGAAUCUUCAGCGGUGGUGGCGAGGCCAACAACGGUAACAAUGCACCAGUUGUGGCCGAGGAAGGCAACGAAGAUGCUGAGCAAGAAGAACGAAUGUUCAGCGGAGGUCCGCAGAACGACGGAAAAAAUGGGAUCGCUGUCAUGCUGGAUUCCAUGAGGAAAUUCGAAGAUGAUGAGGCACUUCAAGCCAUGAGCUGCUGGUCCCUCGUGAACAUUGCCUUGGCCCCGGUCCAAAAAGAGAUGCUGGUCAAGCUGGGUGGUAUCGAAGUUACCACGAACGCUAUGAUGCGACAUCCUCACAGUGCUGAGGUACAGUUCCGUGCACUCUUCGCAUUGAUCAACUUGGUGAUUCCAUCCGUUAAUGUUAGGGGCGAGGAUGAGAACGACCAGGGCAAUAUCAAUGAAGCCAACGACGGGAUUGCCGAAGAAUUGAACGUGAUGGUUGACCAAAUCACCAGUUUGGUGGUGCUGGCCAUGAAGUACUUCUGUUCCAGCGAGGCCAUCUUGAACCGCGCUUGCCUGGUGCUUCACAACCUUUCUUUGACUCAAGCAUAUCAUUCGACUCUUCUGUGGACGCCCAAUUGCUACCAGAUGCUCGAGUGGUGCCUGGCUAAUUACCGUACCGAUCAAGUCCUGCAACAAAGUGCUGCUGGAACGUUGCACCGAUUGCAGGUGACCCUUUCCAAUGACGAGAACCUCCGAACUCGCUUUGCAGCUUCUAUUCAGGCUCAGCAGCAACUCUCCUUAGAGGCUGCUCACAGAGAAGCUCUACAUAUCUACGAACAGCAAGAACAGUUGAGACAAGGCCGAGAUGCAGCAGCGAGCAACGGUGGUGGUGCCGGUGCCCGGUGA